CGAACGUGCUGACGGGUGUCACUAUCGCGUGCAUCGGUUCCGUGGGAUCGAUACGCGUAAAGUUGAGUGCAUCUGUGCUUCGUACGAAGUUUGAACUGACAAAUUGAUACGAUAUUGAACAUAUCGGAAUGACAGUGGAUCCUAGAAAAAAGUUAAUUGUAUUGGAUUUCAUCCCUGUGUCAAAUAUUUUUUUGUAAACAACAAUGGGAGCACCUGCGUGGGGGUCCCGCGGCGGCGACCGACCGCGGUUGCUGCGAAUGACGCCACUACGUCACAGUUUCGCUGCACCCGCCACACCGCCCGCGCAACCGCCUCGCACUCACGACUAUGCAUCUGAUGCCGAUACUAAUAAAAAAGAAGAAAGCUGGAACGCAAACUUAUCUCAGAGAUGGAGAAAGUUAAGACGGCGAUGUUCGCGACUGCGGCCCGGAUCUGGUAAUCGCGAACCAAGCCCUGUGCGAUGUUCACCGUCGCCCCCGCGACCGCCUCCACACUGCUCCCCCGCACCGCCUUCAAAGCUGUCUUUCAGACAUCGUGGUAAAGUAUACACCACAGCAUCCCUACGUGUUACUAGUGGGGCACCAGAUUUACUUAGAGCACUGGGAAAAUUAGGUGGUGGAUUACGAAGGCGUGCUCUAUCAGCUCACGAUGUUCUUGCACCACCACCGCAGCAACCUUCUACUUUUUACGUUCCUAGUCCAAGCAAUGGAAGAACACCUUCUUCACCAUCGCCGCCUCGACAGAGUGCAACAUUACAUAGACGAUGCAGCUCUCCUAACGUUUACAGAACAAAAGAUAGUCCUCGUGAUCGAACACCUCUCAUAAAUCAAGAUGAUGAAAGUCGUGACGUCGUUGAUUAUAGUUAUGGUUUAGAGCGUAAGAAAAAUAGUAAAGAAGUUAGAAGUAGGCCAUACAGUGAAAAUGUUGAAGUAGAAAAUAUAUACAGAAACGGCUAUAACCGAUUGACGUCAGAAACUGCAGAAAGAGUUUGGGAAGAGCCGUACAGACUACCUCGCGUCCAUGCUCGACAAGAACCUAUACAACAUCUACGUAACUCUGUAGCUGAACUAAGAGUAAGCUCUACUCCUCGAUCAUCUCGACCGCCUCCUGCUCCACCUGGAUUAACUCAAAAAUCUACUAAAAAACCACCUGCACCUGAACCACGUGAUACCCACACUUUCGAGGUUCGUUUUACUAAAUCAGCCGGAGGCAAAGGACUUGGCUUUAGUAUUGUUGGUGGACGCGACUCUCCACGAGGCGACAUGGGUAUCUUCGUCAAAACUAUUUUCAAUAACGGGCAAGCUGCAGAAUCUGGCUUGCUUCGUGAAGGAGAUGAAAUAUUGUCAGUGAACGGGCGAGGCACAGCUGGUUUGACACAUAGUGAAGCAAUAAGACUCUUUAAAGAUGUCCGCGCCGGUCCUGUAAUCCUGCGGGUGACGAGGCGGGCGCCCGCGCGCUGACUGCCUUGCGCCUGUUGCGGCGAUCCGCUUCAGGCGCAAACUAACAUCUCGUCCUACUCCACUUUGUAAAUAAUUACUUUUUAUAAAACAAUGUGAUGCCCGAUGCUUAAGCAUACUUUUGAUUUUAGGAAAUUGUUAUUGCAUUGUAAACUUACGGUAUUUCUUAUAGUUAAUAUUAAUUCAUUAACUUAGUCCAAAGAUGGAUACUAAAAAGUUUACAUGACAACGUGCAAGUCUAUCUUAUUCAUAAGUUUGUAUAUUGUACACUUUUUGCUUAAGAAUAUUAUCUAAUAAUGAAAUGCUUAUAAUUUAAUCAUUGUCUCUCACGAAAACACAUUGCAUUAUAUUUAAUAUAUACAUAAUUAUAAAAGAAUUCAAAAAUAUUAGUCUGUGAUACUAUGAUUCAUGACGAAAAGUUAAAAUUCACUGGCUACUAAAUAGCUUUUAUUUAUUUUAUUUUUAGAAUUUGUGUAAAUAUGUAAAGAAAAGGAAUCUAUUUUCCAUUCAUUUAGUGUAGUUAUAUAUAGAAAACACAGCAUGGAAAAUAAAGACGGACGGAAAAAGAUAAAAAGUGAUACCAAGAAAGAUAAAGCCAAUCAGAUCCUAAAAUGCAAUUUACCUUGUAUACAAAUUCUUUAGGUUCGAGUUAUAUGGCAAGUUGAAUUUACUAUACAUGUACAAUAUUCAUGUUUCGUUAUAAUUCUCAAAUUUAUCUUACUCUUGUAUUACUUUAAAAUAGGUAUAAAAAAAUCAUCAAGUACUUUGGUACAUAUAUACCGCCUAGCAUGCAACAAUUAUCUAUUAGACGUCCAUUCUAUUAUGACAGAAACCUUCAAGUAUUUUUCAACCAGUGCUAAGUUUAAAUUGAAGCGGAAGAUUGAUAAAUAAUAAAUGAAGUUAGCACACAUGUAAUAUUAUAUUAACUAAGAUAAAUUUACCCAAUUACCCAAAUCUGUUUGCGUUUAUAUUAUGAAAUUGUAGGUGCUGUUUCACUUAAUUUGUAUUAAAAUAGAAAUCAAGGAAUACUCUAUUCAAGUAGGAUCUUACAAACUCUUUCACAGCGUCAUUUUAUAUGUUUUAAUAUUUAUGUAUGAAUGUAAAAUUUACCAAGAAGAACCGAUAAAAAAUAGUAGUUACUGUUUUUCGUCAAUCAAAAAUAUACAUUUAAUACCUGCGAAAAUCAACGAAUGCUAACUGCAAACUGGUCUAUCAUCUAGAAUCCUUGUUUAGAAUUAAACAAGGAUUAGUAUUCUGUACAGGAAUUGUUUUAUUCACAUGUUAAUUAUUCUGCAAAAUAUGUAUCUUUGGCAUUCAAAAUGUAUAACAAUUGAUACUUUUUUUUGCGAUUUCUUAGAAUACUGACCACUUUAUUUGUAUAAAUUUAUUUUUUCCGUCCUUCU